AUGUGCAAGUGCCUUUUGCUCAUUCUUUGCAUUCUUUUCCCACCUUUGGCCGUGCUGAUCCAUUCGGGCUGUGACAUCAACUUUUGCAUUAACAUUCUCUUCACGUUUCUUGCUUACAUUCCUGGGAUGAUUCAUGCAAUCUACAUCUUGCAUGAUGUCUGGAGCGUUAUGGCACUUCCUCUACAUGUUCAACAACUUACUACAUCUAGAUUCAAUCAAAUUAUUUAUGCAUGCUUCAUU